ACGGAAUUUUGGUUUUCGCAAGUGUCCUAAAAUUCUAUUUUAUGUUGUCAAUUUUUAAAAUAUAAAGAAAAAAAUGGCAGAAGAUUUUGUUAUAAGUCCUCUUUCAGUUAUUACAAAGCUUUAUUAUAGCGAUCCUGGUAUUCUUAACAGACUAGAGGAUAUUUCAAAUCAUUUUAGAAGUUUACUUAAAGAUGAUUAUACAAAGAUACCAUUGAUUAAUGAGGUACCAUUGGAGUUAAUACCACCUAAUUCCCUGGUAAGAUUUAAAGCAAUGGUGCAAGAUAUGUUUGACCCAGAAUUUUAUUUUGGACAGUAUGAAACUAUUAACAAAAUUUCAGGAGAAAAUAAUAUACAACUUGGUUGUUUUACUGAUACAAUCAAUUGUCAUCAUGAUAAUGAAAUCAAUUAUGAAAGUGCCAGAAAUGUAACUUUGCAGCGAUUUACAUAUUGUUGCAUACCUAUCCCUGGAUUAAAUGGAUGGUUAAAAAAUAAAAAUUCACAAACAUUACUAUUUCAUCAUUAUACCGGUUCAGUCAGCAAAAAACGACCUGCUGAUGACAAUAAUAUGGAAGAAGAUAAAAUAAUUAGUGAUACAUGCAAGAAAUCCAAAAAAGAUAUUCAAAAUGAAACAGUAGCAGAACUUUUACAUGAUCAAGCAGAUAUCUCUAAAAACAUACCACAACUGCAAGAAGAUGAUCAAACUGUUUUUAUAAAGAUGUAUUCUGAUACAACAUGUUUAAAAUUAAAUGAUACUGCAGAAUUCAUUUGUAUACUUUCUUCAAAUCCUGAGCUUGUGAUAAAUUCAUCUGAUGAUUUUGAAAGUUUCACAAACGGACAUGAUCCUAGUGAUCUUGAAGAAUUUGCACAUAAUGUGUCCCCUUCAAAAGUUCCUAGGCUACAUUGUUUAUUUUUUAAUAAGUUUAACUGUUUCAAUCAAGACGUUAUAAUAAAAAAAUGUUUAUAUGAAUCAGUUUUCAGAGAAAUUAUUUCAAUAAGAGGUGAUAUCAUAGCAUUAUUUACACAACUACUUGGUGGUGAUAAGUUGAUUGCGGAAUAUCUUCUUUUACAUUUAAUUUCCAAAGUUUAUGGUAGAUGUGGAACUUUGUGUCUUGGCAAGUUUUCCAUGAAUAUUAUGAAAUGUCCUGGUGAAAACUUCACUACGAGACUGUACUCAUCAAUUCAAAAUAUUGUAGAAAAGAGUGCUUACUUCCCACUUACAAUAGAUAACUUAAACAAUAAAAAGUUUGUACCAAAAAAAGACUAUGAAGCUAAUAGAUUGGUUUAUGGUGCCCUACAGUUAGCCUGCAAUACCCAAGUGGUCAUUGAUGAAACACAAAUGCAACCUGGAAAAUUAAAUGCUGAAGGGAUUCGAAAUUUGGCAGCAAUAGGAAAUGUAAUUCAGUGGCAAAGACUUGAUUAUGAUUUUGAAUUUUCACAGGUUGAAAUGGAAGCAAAUUUGAAUAUGUUAGUUUUAUCAGAAGGAAAAUCACUAUUAACUUGUGAUGUUCAUAUUCCAUUAAAACCUGAUGGUUCAUAUUCGGACUGUGUGCAAGAACUUUCAGAUCAACAGUUAGAAAAGAUUCGUUUAUACCUAACUGCUGUCCAGUCUUUAGAAUAUCAGUUAACUGAAGAAGUACAAAAGGCCUUAGAAGAUGAUUUUGUCGAAAUGAGGAAGCAAGAUGCAAAAUCUGUCAAUGCUGAUUCAUUUUAUUUGCUUUUAACAACUGCAAGAUACAUGUCACUAAGCUAUGGUCAGACAAAGCUUUCUUCUUCACUCUGGAUUAAAAGCAAAGAAUUAGACAUGGGUCGAAGAAAUCGUUAAUAGCUUAUCAAUACUUUUAAUAAAACGGUCAGAAGUAACCGCAAGUUUUUAUUGGAAUAUUAAAUAACUUAACAUCUUAAAGAUUGUAAACAAAACAAAACGUUAAAGCGUUUAAUUGUAGUGGUUAUGAUGGAAUGUUAAGUUUUAAUUUCGUUGAAAAAACCAUCGUCGUUAUUAAUUACUUGUUUUAUUUUGAGCGAAUAAUUUUGAAACUGUUAUGAUUAUCAGUGCACAAGAUGGGGGAUUUUCGUAUGAUUAUUUUAACAAAGUUUAGUUUUUAUUUUGUUUACUUCUAAUUACUUGAACCAAAUUGAAAU